AUGAAGUUUCGCGAUGGCAUGUGGCUCACCAACGACGCGUUCACGGUGCAGUACGCAGAGGAAGCCUACACAGUCACGCCACGCGAAGACAACAAAGCUGUCACGCUGCUCUGUCCCACGCGCAAGAUCUUCUCCCGCGGCGAUACGCUCAAUCUAGCCACUAUCUCUGUCGAGCUCGAGGCCCACUUCGACGGCGUUAUAUCCUGCGAGGUAACGCAUUUUGUCGGCGCACGCCGACUGGGGCCCGACUUUGACCUGUUUCCCCACGGCAAGCCAGAUGCAGAUGCAUGUGUGAGCAAGGUCGAACAAGGAACGACAAUCACUUCUGGGGGUCUGAGUGCGACCGUCAGUGGAGAUGCGCAUACAUUCGAUGUGAAGUUCCACGCCACAGGCAGCUCGAAGACGAUUACUUCGCUGCUGAACCGCAGUGUGGGGCUGGCAUAUUCACCCGCCUUGACGACGCCUAAGCAAGUGGAAGAUAUCAGCGACCGGAAACAUUACAUGUUCACGCAGACAGAUCUCGCCGUCGGAGAGACUAUUCACGGCCUGGGCGAGCGCUUCGGAGCAUGGAACAAGAUCGGGCAGAAUGUGGAGGUCUGGAACGAAGACGGCGGGACUUCCAGUGAACAAGCGUACAAGAAUGUAUCCUUCUGGCUAAGUUCACGCGGCUAUGGCGUCUUCAUCGACACGCCCGACAAGAUUGACUUAGAAAUUGGAAGCGAGCGAUGUUCUAGGUUGCAGACCACGGUGGAAGGUCAGCGUCUCAAGUGGUAUCUAAUCUACGGCCCGACGCCCAAAGAGGUUUUGACGAAGUACUCGAUCCUAACGGGCAAGCCUGGAAAGCCACCAGCAUGGUCCUACGGCCUUUGGCUGUCGACUUCCUUCACGACAUCAUACGAUGAGAAGACAGUGCGCCACUUCGUCGAGACGAUGAACGAAAACAAAAUCCCCGUCGAAGUCUUCCACUUUGACUGCUUCUGGUUGCGCGCUUUCCACUGGACAGACUUUGUCUGGGACCCAGAGUUCUUUCCCGACCCACAGGGCCAAAUCCAGCGUAUGAAGGAGGCCGGCCUCGUUAACCACAUCUCCGUAUGGACGAACCCCUACGUCGGACAGGCAUCACCCAUCUUCAAAUACGCUGCGGACAAAGGCUACCUGCUCAAGAAGACGAACGGCGAUGUAUGGCAGUGGGACCUCUGGCAAACGGGCAUGGGCAUCGUCGACUUCACCAACCCCGAAGCCUGCACCUGGUUCACGGGCUGCAUGGAGAAGUUGUUCGACAUGGGCGUCGACGCCAUCAAGACCGACUUCGGCGAGCGCAUUCCCACGAAGAAUGUCCAGUGGCACGACAAGACAGUCGAUCCGAGCAGGAUGCACAACUGGUACGCAUUCAUGUACAACAAGCUCGUCUACGAAGCCCUCCAAAAGCGUUACGGCAACAAUGAAGCCAUCCUGUUCGCACGCACUGCGUGCGCAGGCACCCAGCGGUUUCCCCUCCAUUGGGGCGGCGACUGCGAAUCCACUCCCGCGGCACUGGCUGAAUCCGUCCGCGGCGGGCUCUCCCUGGGGCUGGCCUCGUUUGCCUCUUGGGCCAGCGACAUCGGCGGCUUCGAGGGCAAGCCCAAGCCGUGGAUCUAUAAGCGCUGGGUUGCCUUUGGCUUCCUGUGCACCCAUAGUCGCCUGCACGGCUCGUCGUCGUACCGCGUGCCCUGGCUCGUGGACGAUUCUUCCACCGAGCCGGAAAACUGCACGGAGGUCUUGCGCCACUGGGUACGCUUCAAGCGUGCGCUGAUGCCGUAUCUCUUCGCGCAGGCCGAGGAGAGCAUCGCGAAUGGCUGGCCUACCAGCGUGCGCGCGGUAGCCCUCGAGUUCCCUGAGGAUCCGACAGCUUGGUACUGCGAUCGCGAGUUUAUGAUUGGCUCACAGCUUCUGGCCGCCCCUGUGUUCGACGAGGAAGGUGAAGGAGAAGUGUACCUUCCUCCUGGAAGGUGGUUCGAUUUCUGGACCGGCGAGGAGGUGCAGGGGAGCAGAUGGGUGAGGCAAAAACAUGGGUUCCUUCAGACGCCGUUGUUUGUGCGAGAGGGGACUGUGCUUGUGCUCGGGCAGAGUGAGGGCGAGGGUGGGUUCGCGUACGAGUGGUUGAAGAGUGGCGGGACGGUGACGACGUAUGGGGUCAAGGAGGGAGACAGGGCUGUCUUGGUAGAUAGGACAGGGGAACAGAAAGGCGUGCUGGAAGUGGCGGCGGAUGGAGAGAUCAAGGGACUAGAUAUUCUAGAGGGAGAGUGGAAGGUAGAGAAGGUGGGAUAA